AACAGAAAUCCAUUUCAUUCCCCCAAUACCAUUGAGAUCACCAUGAACGUAGCCAACCUCAGACCUUUCCCUACCCAUUUCGUUCUGCAAGAUUUGACUGCCAUUACGGGCCCCGUCUUCGAAUUGAAGAAAAAUCCUCGUCAACAAGAAGCCUACAAAUACGUCAAGCAGUGGUUCAAAAAUUUACAAGUCUAUCCCGAACCUAAAGAGCGACGCUUCUUGUCUCAUGCAUUCGACCUCUACGCCGGUCUCAGUUUCCCCGAUGCAGAUGUCCAACAUCUCGAGACAUGCAUAUCCUUUUUCCUGUGGGCAUUUUCCUUCGACGAUCUAUCUGAUGAAGGAGAGUAUCAGUCCAAACCAGAGCGUGUCCAAGUCGGCGUUGAUAUUUCCAUGGAGGUCUUGAACAAUCCUGAACUACCUGCACCCAAAUUCAAAUACGCUGCUAUGCUUCAUGAUAUCUGGAGGCGAUUCCGCUCCACAGCCAGUCCAGGUGCAUGCAAUAGGUUCAAGAAGGCCGUUGAGAGCUGGAUGAACUCUCAAGUUGAACAGGCAGGCAACAGGGCGUUUAGCACCGUCCCAUCUUCUGAAGAAUUUAUCAUUCUCCGUCGACGAACUAUCGGUGGAGAGAUCGUGGAAGCCAUGGUAGAAUAUUCCCUUGACAUUGUGGUCCCUGAGCAUGUGUGGGAUCAUCCUAUAUUGGUUGGAUUGUCGAAGGCUGCCAUAGACAUUAUGACAUGGCCAAAUGAUCUCUGUUCAUUUAACAAAGAGCAAUCGGACAAUGACUUCCAGAAUCUCGUCUUCUGUGUAAUGCUUGAGCGAGACGUUGGUCUGCAACAUGCGGUUGACAUCGUCACAGAGAUGUUAGCCGAUCGCGUCAAGGAAUAUGUCAAGCUCAAAGCUCAACUUCCCUCAUUCGGGGAGGAAGUGGACAGCGAGCUUAGGAGGUACUUCAUUGCACUCGAGCACUACGUUCAAGGGACCGUUGUGUGGUAUUAUGACUCGCCUCGAUACUUCCGAGGCAUGGAUGUGACCAACAAGAAAGCUAUGGUCAUACCCGUCUAUCCUCGUGCAGAAGAUGCGCCACUACCGUCCGUUAAGCCUGCUGAGGCCGAUCACAUGUCGCACAGGUCCUCUGGACAGAAAUAUGGAUCGAGCGUCUGGUAUCCUGACGCAUAUCGGACAGCGGCGUUUGCUGUGGGUCUCGGUGUGCUGUGCCGUUUAGGAUACACGAUUGCAGGCCCGUUGGCCCGAGUCCUUUUGACGCGAGGUUCUGUCUGAUUCCCGCCCAUAGAGCAUGCUCCUGUUUCGCUGUAUAGUAACGUUGUCUUGGGACUUAGAUCGCUAAACUUGUUCCAUUAUUAGAUCUCUCAUAGCUUUUUGGUUACUAUGAUGUAAAAUUCGCGCGACUUAGAGACUUAGACUACUGUUUAGGAUGCGGAAAUGCAUAUGUUUUAUUCGUCCCUUAGCGAAGGUUUCAUU